GACCCACUCAUUGCUGGGCGGUUAACGCCCAAUGGAACAGAGGCAUUUGCAGCCAGCGCUGGAGAUAGGGUGAUUUCCAAGAGAUGACAGCUCCACUACGGAGAAGAGUGUGAUGAACUUCGCAGUGGGCGCUUGUGCCAGGCAGCAUUGAUUCGAAGGAAGAGUCAUUCAUUAGUGACCCGGACCGCAGCUUUAUCUCUGCCUGGGCUCUGGUCUCCUAUCUUCGCGGCCCUAGUCUUCCAUUCUCAGUCACUCCUUUGACCUCUGUUCCCCUUGCUUCAGUUCGUUCAGUUUCUUUUGCGAGACCGUUUUUGCUUCUCAAGGGCUGUGGCUGGACCGCAACCCUGAUCUCGUUCUUUUCAGCCUCCUGCAAGCGGGCUCUUGUCCUUCUUUUAUACGUUCGGCCAACAUGGCUGACAGCAUGUGGUAUGCGUUCCUCAACGACGAGCUCUGCUACGUCUCCCUGUGGAUAUUCGCGUGCCUGAUUGCGAUUAUCUUCAUCUGGCAGACCACGCAGCAGCUUGCGGCCCAUCUCCGGCGACUGGCAACCUUCACCGACCCUUCCCAAAAGUUCCACCGGGUUGCUGACCCCCGACUCUCAUGGCUCAAGCGGCAUCUCCUCUACGCGCCCCUCUGGCACAAUCGGCACAACCGAGAAAUGCAGCUUUCCCGUGCCGUCAACAUGGGCACACUGCCCAGUCGGUUCCACGCCCUCCUGCUCACCUUGCUUGUCGUCCUGAACGUGGUUCUUUGCACCAUCACGAUCCCUUUUGGCUUGGAGGAGUCCACGGUGGCAGUUCAGAUCCGGAAUCGAACGGGGUACAUGGCGACGGCGAAUCUGUUUCCGCUGUUUGUCAUGGCAGGCCGCAACAACCCGCUGAUCUCGCUGCUGCGGGUCUCCUUCGACACCUGGAACCUCCUGCAUCGGUGGCUGGGCCGGAUUGUUGUGCUGGAGGCGUUGGCGCAUGUGGUUGCGUGGGGGGUGCCCAAGGUGCAAGAUUAUUGGUGGAAGGGGAUGCUCGCAACGCUGAGCAAGCCCUUCAUGUUCAAUGGGUUGAUGUGCAUGGUGGCCCUCCUCAUUAUCCUCGUCCAGUCGCCCUCGCCGAUCCGGCAUGCCUUCUACGAGACCUUCCUGCACCUCCACAUUGCACUCGCCUGCAUCGCGCUGGGAUUUGUGUGGCAUCACGUCUACCGCUACUCGUGCAAGUUCUACCUCUACGCAGCGGUCGCCUUCUGGGCAUGCGAGCAUCUAGCCCGCUUCCUGAUCCUCCUGCACCGGAACUUCCGCGCUGGAGCCCGCACCACAGCCUACGUUGAGGUUCUUCCGGGCGACACCAUGCGGGUGACCCUGCACGUUGCGCGACCGUGGCGCUUCUCGCCAGGCCAGUAUCUCUUCCUCUGCAUCCCGUCCGUCGGAGGCUGGACCUCGCAUCCCUUCUCCGUAGCCUGGGCGGGAGACACGAGCGCAGCAGCAGCAGCAUCACUCACCGAGAAGUCAUCCAACAAUUACCUCGCACAAGGCACGGCAUCGCAAAGUAUCUCCCUGCUCAUCCGACGCCGCACGGGGUUCACCGACAAGCUAUUCAAGACAGCCCUCACCCACCAACACUCCUACCGCAGCACGUUGUCCUACAGCGACGACCCCAGGGCAAGCGGCCCCUCCUUUCAAGCGCCCCAGACCACCCCUCCGCUCCGCGUAUCUGCCCUGGUAGAAGGCCCAUACGGCAACCUCCAGACCCUCGACUCGUACGGCACCGUCCUCCUGAUCGCCGGCGGAGUAGGCAUCACCCACUGUCUCCCCUUUAUCCCCCACCUUCUGCACGGCUACACGACCGGCACUGUCUCCGCCCGCCGAGUCACGCUGGUGUGGAUUGUGCAGGCCCCUGAACACCUGGAGUGGAUCCGGCCGUGGAUGACGGAGGUGCUGGCGAUGGAGGAUCGGAGGGCGGUGCUGCGGGUGAAGGUGUUCGUGACACGGCCGCGGAGCCCCAAGGAGAUCAAGAGCCCCAGCGCCACGGUGGAGAUGUUCGCUGGGCGGCCGGACGUGCAGACGGUGGUGGAGAUGGAGGCGGCCGGCCAGGUCGGGGCGAUGGGGGUGAUGUGUUGUGGGAAUGGGGGGUUGAGCGAUGAGGUGCGGCGGGCGUGUCGUGCGGUGCUGGAGAGAGGAACGGCGGUGGAUUAUAUCGAGGAGAGUUUUACUUGGUAGGUGGUGGUGGGGAUGAUUGAGAGUUGUUGUUGUAGUGGUGGUGGUGGUGGUGAUGGUUGUGUCGUGUGUGUGUCGGAAUCGGUG